GCAAAACCUUGGGUGUCAUUAUGUAAUUUACUCAAAAUAUUAUAUAAGUAAUAUUUUAUUUUUGCUUAUUUCUUACUACGAUCGGAAUUAUCGUCUGCGAAUUGCGAACAUUACUGAAGCAAUUGGAGGAAUUGUUAACACACGUAUCUGUUUUGCUAGUUGAAAAAAGAUGAAAAGCCAAGGUGGUUAUGUGCCACCUCCUUAUAUUCCGUUGGGACAGUCGGAUUCAGAAGCUGAGAUUGUUCCGCACAAAGGGCUUGCAGUUUCUCAUCACCUGAACGAUUCACCUGUACAGUGGGCAUCUGGCAUCUGCGCUUGCUGCGAUGAUAUGCAGAGCUGUUGCUUAGUUCUAUUCUGCCCUUGUUUUGUGUUUGGAAAGAAUGCAGAGUUCUUGGGUUCAGGAACUUUUGCUGGAUCAUGCAUGACCCAUUUUAUUUUGUGGGCUUUUGUCAAUACUAUAUGUUGUUUGUUGACUGAUGGCAUUUUGUUGGGUUUGCCUGGAUGCUUUGUUGCUUGUUAUGCUUGUGGUUACCGCAGGGCACUACGGGCAAAGUAUAAUCUGCAGGAAGCACCAUGUGGAGACUUUGUUACGCAUUUCUUUUGCCAUUUGUGUGCCAUUUGUCAAGAAUACAGGGAGAUUCGCGAAAGGGCUGGUGAUUCCAAUCCCCCUGAUCUCACAUUAGCUGUUGUCACGGCUCCACCAACACAGACAAUGGAGUCAACUUCUGAGCAAUAGUACUUCUGUCUGAAUACCUAAACUGGGACCUGAACAUCAUCUGAAUUUUACACGGUUUGUGAUGGCCUCUACUAGAUUAUGCUCUAGCCACCAGUUUAUAUUCAUUCCUCCAAGGUACUGUCUCUAUAAUUGAUGAGUUUAUUUUGUAGAAUUUGUCGUGCAAUUUGUUGCUCAGAGUUAACUGUUUCGAACCAAUGAGUAAUUGUAAUACCAAAAUACUGAAUGACCUGUAGCAAGUAUAAGGCCAGUGUAAACCUCAUUAGUUUCUCUCGCCUGUAGGAAUCAGGACAAAACUUUAGACAAGUUCAAUAGUUUCAGCUUUGCUCCAGCAAUUUGUUUCAAUCUUGGCAUGCUAGAUAAUAGUGCAUAUAUAUGCACAUUCAUUUAACGUGGUCUGGUCAGGUUUUGUGCGGUCUGUUAUUCACACGUUUUUUUUCCUUCAUUAUUAUAAUGAUUUGGUACAA